AGUUCGAAGUGAUCAUUCGUCAUGGCCCGUACCAAGCAGACCGCUCGUAAGUCCACCGGAGGAAAAGCUCCUCGCAAGCAGUUGGCCACCAAGGCUGCCCGUAAGAGCGCUCCGGCCACAGGAGGAGUCAAGAAGCCUCAUCGCUAUCGGCCAGGAACUGUUGCCCUGCGAGAGAUCCGUCGUUAUCAAAAAUCGACCGAGUUGCUGAUCCGCAAAUUGCCCUUCCAGCGUUUGGUUCGUGAAAUCGCACAGGACUUCAAGACCGAUCUGCGUUUCCAGAGCUCAGCCGUCAUGGCCCUGCAGGAAGCCAGCGAGGCCUAUCUGGUUGGACUGUUCGAGGACACCAAUCUGUGCGCCAUCCAUGCCAAGCGAGUGACCAUUAUGCCAAAGGACAUCCAGCUGGCUCGUCGUAUCCGAGGAGAGCGUGCUUAAGUUGAUUUCAAAUGAGAUAAAGUUCAAACGGCCCUUUUCAGGGCCACAAUUAUUUUUAUAGAGUUUAUUUGGAAUACUUUUCAUCAAGUUUUGCUGAAUGUUAUUGAGAGUCAAUGUGGUGCUCUGAAAAAAACAUUUUUGGAACGGUGCAGGUUAUAUAAAUAACGAUAAUGAAAAAAAUAUAAACUUAGGCAGGGAAAUAUCGUUUUUCUACAACUUUUUGAACGUAUAAAAUCGCAUAAGGUGUAAAAGUCUUUCCUAAGAUAACGGCAAACUAUAAAUCGUUUCAUCGUUAAUAUUGUGUACCUGAACUGAUUCGAGCAACUGAA